AGGGGUUAGUGGGUGUGGGAGGGUGGAGCCUUGAUGAGGAAAAAGGAAUUAGAAAAUCCUUACACUGGAGAGGGUACUUGAACUGAAUAGUGAUUCCCUAGGUCAGUAAAGAGGGAAUGGGGAAUAAUAGGUAGACUGCACAAAAACAUGAUGGCAGGAUAGAAUGUCAUAUACAGGAAAUAUCAAAUAGGCCAUUUUAACCUGUAAUGUUGAUAUAGAGGAGGAUGUAAUGCAAGAUGUAUUUGUAAAGGUAGCAAGUAUCCCUUAUGGCCCCAAACACAGAUGUUUGUAUUUUGUGUAGUAAGGAAGAUGGGUCCUCUGGAGCUUGUUGAAUUGGGUUAUGAUAAGGUUAGACCUGUGCUUGAGGAAGAUCAUUUUAGUAUCCUUGUGGUGAUGGGUUGGAUAGGUACAGACCAAUGGCAGGGAAGCCAUUUAGGAGGCUGUUACAGUUGUUGGCACAAAGGGUGAUGAGUGGCUAUGGUUUUUUGGGGAGACCCUUGUGUUAUAAGAGUCAGUCAGUGGUAGUCUCUCGGUGACUGAGAAUGACUAUUGUGCAUUAUUAUCUAUUUAUGUACCCUCAUGUGGCUUUGAAGUCCAAAGGCUGAGGCGCACAGUUUGUGGCACAUGGGGCCUGGGACGCCAGUUGUUACGGGAGGUGCGGUUGUGGCCUGGUGUCGGCGUUCACGCGCAGUGGCAAGACGUCGACAUCCUUCAUCUUCAAAGGUGGCGGCCUGGUUAAUGUGGGUUCGCCAGCUGCUUCUGACAGAGGCAGCGAGUUCUAGUUGCCUUGGUGUAAUGCCAGCCCACUUCAAGUUGGACUUUAGCUGAUCCUUGAAUCUUCUCUUUGGUCGGCCUUGUUUCCUGAGUCCAGCUGACAGUUCACCCUAGAAUACCUGUCUUGGUAUUCGCUGUGGGUCCAUGCAGAUGACGUGUCCAGACCAUCGUAGCUGGGUUCUGAGGACCAGGACUUCGAUGCUGGUGGAGUUGGCUCUGUCGAGGACUUCCUGAUUGGUGAUUCGGUCCUGCCAUCGGAUCCUCAUGAUUGACUGGAGGGAGCGUUGGUGGAAUUGCUCCAACUGCUUCAUGUGCUUCCGGUACAGUGUCCAUGUCUCACAACCGUACAGGAGCGAGCUGAGGACCACUGCGUUAUGCACUUUGAGCUUGGUCGCGUUGCUCACAGAUAAGAACCCUGAACAUAAUCAACACCAUCAACAGUUUGUAUAUUUUCUAAAAUGAAAUUAAGUGAAUUGUAAUUAUUAGUGAUUAUGAAGUAUAGCCUUAGAUAACUGUAACUGUUAGAUCAUCUCAAUUAUCAGUUUUCCCAAGUUUUAAUUCCUUUCCUCAUUGAUUUAUCUAUUAAGAGUUUCUUGCAUUUGAAUUUUAUCACAUCUCCUUUGUUAUGCUCAACCUCUUGGACUGUUGAUUAGAAGUAAAUGGGAUAAAAGAUGGAGAAGCACAAAGUAGAUAUAAAAGACCUAGCCCAGGGAUGAUAAGUACUCCCCUAUACACAAAAACUCAUAUACACAUAUACACACAGUUGUUGCUGGCUCUGUCCUUAAUAUCAGUGAUAGCUCUGUUGUCUGGAUGAAAUAUUGGCAAGUAUAGAAAGUAAAACUUCCCUUCUCACUUGGUGAAGGAACUCCAUCUCACCUGCUUUAGAACUCUUCAACUUACAUAUGUUUAUUACUUCCCUAUCCCUAAGUGAACCCAGUGAAGUCUGUUUCAUAAUUUGCCUUGGAUUCCUUAGGCCAUCUUUCCUGGCAUAGCAUAUGGAAAGGAAUUUGACACACCUUUUUCAAAGUGCCAACACCUGAUUUCAGUGGUUAAGAAUGUAAAAAAUAGACUCAAAUACAGGACUACAAUCCCCACAAGCCUUUGCUCCACUUCCCCAAAAUGCUUUGUAAUCUCACGGGAAUUCUGAGGUGGGCCGAGAUUGAGGAAGGAUUUAAGCUGGUGGCAAAGGUUUUUGGGGCUCUCUUUUCUCUUUUUUGGACUUCUGUUUUGGAGCAGAGGCAUCUCUUCCAUGAUAGAAUAAAUGCAAAGCUUCAUGAAGGAGUGUGUCAGCACUGUAAAGAAGUUCUGGAGUGGCGAGUAAAAUACAGCAAGUACAAACCACUGUCCAAACCUAAAAAAUGGAUCAGUAACAGGCUAGAGAAGACAGCAGAUGUUGAAAGUGAUGAAAUAUCUAACUCCAGGAGAAGAAAUGGAAGACUUGAAGAACAGAGCAGUGAUGAAUUGGAUUUUGAUCUUGAUUUAAACGAAUCAGAAGAUGAAGAGCAAACUAAUCCUAACAGCUAUACCAAAAACAAAUCUGCAAGUGCAAAAACCUAGCCAACUUAAAGAUCUUGUACAAAGACCUAUGCAAGUCUAUACAAGAAAGUGGAAAGCUUAUUGAUCUGGGUUUAAGGGUACCUGGUUCUGUUCUUGCCUUUGUUAUUAACCAAUUAUGUAAACAUAGUCAAAUCACUUGCAUUCUUGGAGUCUAUUUUUCUCAUCUGGAAAUGAUAUCAGUAGAUGACCUGAAGUGUAUUUCCUGCCCUAGUUUUCUAUGAUUUGGAUUUCAUCAGAAACUGAAUCUAUGUUUAAAUUUCUCUUGGAAUAAUAAAAAAGAACUUUUAAAAAAA